UACUAUCAGUUUGACAGUAAGUGUCAAAGUUGUCAAAUAUUAGUGUUUUGUAUUCGUAAAUAUGAAAAAUGCACGGGCGUGGUUACAUUUUACGAAAUAAAGAGGAUGAUUAAAACAUGAGCAGUUCUGAUGACCUGGUCACCGCAAGAGGUCGCCGAUGGCGUCACAGGACGCAGGACGAAUCAGACAACGAAGAAGGAAGUAGCGAUAAUGUCAAGAAUACAGAUUCAAAGAAAAGUGUAACCACAUCCGUGUAUUCUGGCGACUUUACUGAUUGCGGUUCUGACAGGAACGUUAAUUCGAGCAGGGAUUCUUAUGACACAGACUGGGAGGAAAGUGACGAUAAUGUCAGUAUAACAUCUUGCCAACUGCACAGAGUACAUAGCAGAGUUAACAUACCUCGUCAGUCGGCCACUAGUCUAGCUGACAGUGAUGUGAACCUCAUAGCACGAGUCGAAGAACAAAGUCUUGCUAACGUCUCUUCGACCUCCAUAAAAUGAAUUUACGAUGAACGGUUUCGCCUACUUCUUAAUCGAUAUAUGAAAUUGUUUACAUAAUGAAUUUUUAUUCCCUAGUCUUUUUUGUGAAUUUAAUCAUUGAUUUGAUAUUAGUCAAAUUGAAUACACAUACAUUCCAUUGAAA